CAAAAAAGCAACGGCAUCAUAGGCUGGGGCUUUGUACUACGUCUCGCUGAUCCCACUCUUAAGACCCCUCCAGCUGCCCACCACAGCAGAUGAGCACUCAUUCUCACUUGAAGCACUCAAAGGAUCCCAGAAAGCUCAAAAUAUCUGAUGCACCAACACUGAGACAAAACCAAGACUACCAAGAGGCCAUGAGUACGUUCGGCUACCGUCGGGAACUCAGUAAGUACGAGGAUUUGGAUGAAGAUGAACUGUUGGCUUCACUUACUGCCGAGGAGCUCCAGGAGCUGGAGAAGGAGUUGGCUGAUAUUGACCCAGAUGACAAUCUUCCUAUCGGAUUGCGGCAAAGAGAUCAGACCGCUAAGACUCCCACCGGUACAUUCAGUAGGGAAGCUUUGAUGAAAUACUGGGAAAAUGAGACACGGAAACUGCUGGAGGAGGAAAGGAUCGGAUCCACAAGCCCAGGAGAGAAAGACAAAGACAGCAGAGAAGAGGAGGAGGAGGAAUGUGUUACUGAGAGUGACACUGAAGAAUCUGGGGAUGAAAAAGAUGAGGUUGAAGAAAGUGAGAAAGACACACGGAAAUAUAGAGAAGCUGAAGAAGACCAGGAAGAGGAAAGUGAAACAGAUGAACCAGUGACAGAGGAAGAGGAGGAAGAAGAAGAAGAAGAGGAAGAUGAAGAAGAACAAGAAGAGCAAAAAGGAAUUGACAACCGUCCUAAAAUGGGACACUUACUGGAUUGUAAAACUCAACCUCAGCAGUGUUGGUCCACAAGUAGUCAAUCAAAUCAAAGACAGAUGGAUGAUCCAAAACCCCAAAGUCAGGAGCAAGGUCGCAUGUCAGGAAACCCCACUGUGGCUGAUGAGGUUUUGGAAAAGGUCCUCAACAAUGACCAAGAAACUACAGAGGUCAACCUCAACAACAUUGACAACAUCUCCCAAGAUACUCUCAUCCGAUUUGCAGAAGCCUUAUGCACUAAUACACAGGUACGUGUCUUUAGCCUUGCCAACACUCACGCUGAUGACCAGGUGGCUUUUGCCAUUGCUAAGAUGCUGAGAGAAAACCGAAACAUCACAAACCUUAACAUCGAGUCCAACUUUAUCACAGGUAAAGGUAUUCUGGCCCUGGUGCAAGCGAUCACCCGAAACAAUACUCUCACAGAAAUGAGAUUUCACAAUCAAAGGCACAUAUGUGGAGGUCAGGUGGAGAUGGAGAUUGUAAAGUUACUGAGGGAAAAUACCACGCUAAUAAAGUUGGGCUACCAGUUUGACCUUCCUGGCCCACGUAUAAGCAUGACAACAAUUCUCACCCGCAAUCAAGACCUCCAGAGACAGAAGAGAAUGCAGGAGCUGCGUCUGCAGAAUGGAGGUGCAGCAACACCCACAAAUCCAAGAACUGUUGCUCUUCAGAAGAGCACGAGCACUUCUUCUCCUCAAAGCUCGCCUCGGAGUUCACCAUGGUCAUCUCCAAAACUACCACAUGUUGACAUGGUCAAGAAAAAUGUUCCCCCUGCUCCUCCACCACCACCACCACCUCCACCACCCCCGAAAGCCUCCUUCUCAGAAAAGAAAUCUCCCUCGAGAAUGAUUGCUGAGGUCAUCAAAAGGCAAGAGGAGACCUCCAAGAAACAGCAACAUGGUCCCACCAAAUCUAAAUCCAAAAAGGGCAAAAAGAGGCCUCCAAAGCAAACAGAGACAGACAGCAUAUUAAAGGAACUAAAGAACGCUUUGAGACCCAUCAAUGACAGAGAGAACUCCAGACCAUCCACACCUCAACGCUGCGCUCAUGAUGAACUCAUGGCCGCCAUCAGAGGCAGCAGCUUCAGAAAUCUCAGAAGGGUGGAGGUUCCUAAAUAUCUUCAGUAACCAGGCUGUAGGAUCAAACAGCAAGGUGACACUCCCGGUUCAAUACAACAUCUGUGAAUACCAUGUGCUUUCCUCAGAAUUACACCAAGGGUUUAAACAAUUGAUUAGCGCAGGUGUUUUGGGUUUUAAAGCCAAUCAUGUAAAUGUGCACUGAUCACAACAAGAGCAUAUUUUACCUUUAAAGGUCCCAUGAAAUCAAUCCUGAGUUAGUUUUAAGGAUAUAUGAGCUAGUUUGCUCCAAAACAGUGACGAAAUUCACAUUUAGAAGAUAUAAACCUUGUAUAAACAUCCAAAGAUUGUAGUUUGUCACUUCCGUCUAAAUGCAUAAACAAUGCAAGUCAACUCAUACUUCAGUUUCUCAUCAAAUCUUGACCAAUCAAAUGCAUUAUAGCAGGGGUUCUCAAACUCGGUCCUGGAGAUCCAGUGUCCUGCAGAUUUUAACUCCAACUUGCCUCAACACACCUGCAAGGAUGUUUCUAGAAAGCCUAGUAAGAGCUUGAUUAGCUAGCGCAGGUGUCUAAUUGGGGUUGGAACUAAAAUCUUCAGGACACCGGACCUCCAGAAGCGAGAUUGAGAACUCCUGUUCUAUAGUAACUGACAUACCCCAUCCCCUUUAGAACGCUUCUCGGUUGAUUAGCCUGAGGUCAACCACCUUCACUGGCAAAUCUGUGAUAAAAUGAACCACUAUUGGCUGUUUUUAAUCAAGGGGAGGACCUACUUUGUAUAGUAGCUCCUCCCCUUAUUCCAUAUAUAUCCUGCAUUGUGUAUUUCUGUUGAGAUUACGUCAAAUAUCGAAUAAAACAAUGCACAUUUCAAAGACCCUCAAAGGAUCUUUAGGUGUUCUGUAUUGUGAAUGACCCUUGAAAUUUGCACUGUUUUAUUAUUAUUAUAUAUAUUUUUACUGAUUACAAGAGCUAAUAGUAAUAAGAGUUUCUGCUGUUGUUGUGGUUGUACUUUGUCGUUGUUAAAUGAAAAACCAACAUUGCCUUGUUAAUGUUUUUAAACACAUCUUCCAUGUCUGUAUAAAUGUAAAUAUAAGACUUGAUUUAAAAGACUAAAUGUCAUUAAAUGGCAUCAUUUCUGCAAAUCAACGCGUGUUAUUGUAACUUACCAAACCAUUGCAAAGAUCACCCCAUCAUCAGCAAAAGACUGUGCUAGAAUAAAAGAGUAUUAGUUGGAUGAA